CAGCACUAUAUAAUACCUCACACAACUUUCGACCUAGCUAUCAUAAAACUCUCGACCAUCAAAACCCUCCAACUUCCCUCCACAUCCAUGGCUCCUAAUCUCCUUCUCCUCCCCUUCUUGCUCCUCAUUCUCCUUUCCUCCGCCACCACCACCUCAUCUUCUCCCAAAAAAACCCUAAAGGAAAAGCUCAGCCACCUCCACUUCUACUUCCACGACGUCGUCAGCGGCCGGAACGCCACCGCCGUACCAGUCACCAAACCGGCGGCCUCCUCCCAGCCCUUCUCCGCCUUCGGUGUCAUAACCAUCAUGGACGACCUUCUAACCGAACGUCCCGACCCAAACUCUCAGCCCGUGGGCCGAGCCCAAGGAAUUUACGCCGGAGCUGCCCAAGAUGAGCUGGGCUUUCUCAUGGCCAUGAAUCUAGCCUUCACCGCCGGCAAGUACAACGGCAGCGUCCUCUCCGUACUGGGCCGCAACCCGCCGUUACACCCGGUAAGGGAGAUGCCCAUCGUCGGCGGCAGCGGGCUCUUCCGGUUCGCGAGGGGGGAUGCCCUGGCACGGACUCAUUGGCUUGAUUUCACCACCGGUGACGCCAUCGUGGAGUAUAAUGUCCAUGUUCUUCAUUAUUGAGGGUAAAGUUAUAAAAUUUAUGUCCUUUAAUAUAUUUUUGGAUGACUUUAUUUGU